UCUUGCUUUGUGAUCUUCUUGCUUGUUCCCAAGUUUUAGUUCGUGCCAGCCUCACCGCUUUGCCAUGUGGGCCCCCCCGCACCCUGCUGAGCGCUGGCAGUGAUGCGCUGGAACCUCCGGCUGUGCCAGGGAAUUUUGCACACGGGACGGCAGAGCAAGUAUCUCCGAGCCAUGGCAGCACAGAGCAGCACCGCCGCUCCCGGAACCAGUGAAGGAGCCUCGGAUGGCACCGUGACAGCCGGGAUCAUAGUUAUCGGGGACGAGAUUCUCAAGGGCUACACCCAAGACACGAAUUCCUUCUUCAUGUGCAAGAGGCUUCGCUCGUUGGGUGUGAAGGUGGCCAAGAUCUCCGUGGUUCCUGACGACGUGGCUGCCAUCGCCGACGAAGUCUCGUCGUUCUCCAGCAAGUUCACCUACGUCCUGACCUCGGGCGGGAUCGGCCCCACUCACGACGACGUGACCUUCGAGGCAGUCGCCCAGGCUUUCGGAGAGAAAGUCGUUGCCCACCCAGAGAUGGUUGAGCUGGUGAAGAAGUUUUUUGGCAAGACGGGGGCCGACUGCCCCGAGAUGAAGCUGGCCCGGAUCCCCGCGUCGUCGCUGCUCAACUACGGCGAGGAGGAGAAGACGGGCCGCCGCCUCCCCUACCCGCUCAUCAGCGUCCGAAACGUCUACGUCUUCCCAGGCAUCCCGUCGCUAAUGAGGCGAGCGCUGGACGGUCUCGGCCAUCUCUUCCGCAACGAGAACACCCAGUUCUGCUCGCAGGAGAUAUUUGUCAACUCCGAAGAGACCCUCAUCGCACCCAUACUUGACCGGGCCAACGCCAACUUCAGACGUCGCACGAGCCUGGGCUCUUACCCGGAUUGGGCCAACAACUACUUCCGGGUCAAGCUGACUCUGGACUCCGACUCGGAGGAGGACCUGGAGGAAGCGGUCGCCUUCCUGAUGAAGCACCUCCCGCCGGGGAUCGUGGUGCCCCUAGUGGCCGAUCCCGUCUCGCAGGCAGCCCAGGAUGUGUAUGCCUUAGCGGAAUCCGGUUCCCCUCUUGGCCAGAAGGUGGCAGCAGCAAUUCGGACCAUUGAGGAAGCUUUGGAUAAGUACAUCCUGUCAAAGCUUUGUGUCGGAUUCAAUGGAGGGAAGGACUGCACAGCUUUGCUUCACCUCUUCCAUGCUGCUGUACAGAGGCGGUUUCCGGAGAGGUCGGAGAAGCUGCAGGCUCUUUACAUCCGGAUCGUGUCCCCGUUUCCCGAGAUGGAGGAGUUCAUCGAAGACACAGCCCAGCGGUACAACCUUCAGAUGUGUAAUGUCCACGGGAACAUCAAACAGGCACUGGGUGACCUGAAGGCACAACAGCCGCAGCUACAGGCUGUGUUGAUGGGCACCCGUCGCACGGACCCUUACUCACGCACCUUGACGCCCUUCUGCAUGACGGAUGCCGAUUGGCCCCAAUAUAUGCGGGUCAACCCUCUCCUGGACUGGACAUACCGGGAUAUAUGGAAGUUCCUUCGCACGCUCUACAUCCCAUACUGCAUUCUUUAUGAUAAGGGCUACACUUCGCUUGGGAGCAUGAGUAACACACAGAAGAAUCCGGCCCUGCGCUAUACGAACGCCGCAGGGCAGGAAUGUUACCGGCCGGCCUAUGAGCUAGAAAACGAAGAGGACGAGCGCAACUCCCGCCACUGAAGCCUGGCUAGGCCUGAUGCUCGUUGCCCCGGCAACCGCUGGCCAGUGCUGGAGAGCUGACAAGGCCCGAAGCCUAGCGUGGUUAAGGCUUGGGCCAGGCCUGCUGCAGCUGAGGCAAAAUGGCGUCGGUGCCGCCACCACCGCUGGGCCACCAAGGAGCUGCUCUCACACUGACAACAUGAUCGGCCAGCCCUGUCCUUGUGACAGUUGGCUGUAAGCACCAUUCCGUCCAUCAUGUGAGGGGACAGUAGACGCUGGAAAUAAAUUAGUUCUUCAGUUGCC